AUGCCGUUGAACUGUUGCCAUAAGUCCUGUUCCGUAAGUCUUGAGGCUCUGGCUCUGGUGGUUGUGGAAAGUGCAAUGCUUGCGCAAGAGUAUGGAGAUUUGGAAAUCGAUACUAAUUCGACGGUAAAUGCGGAUCUGCUUUUUGACUCCCAGCAGCCGCCAAUGCAUCUUUACGUGCUGACGGAGAAGAAAAUAUCAAAAGUUAAAGUGCAAGAGUGCUCAGUUUACAAAACAUGUUGGGACUGUUUGGGCGCCAAAGAUCCAUACUGCGGGUGGUGCUCACUUGAAAACAAAUGUAAUUUACGCAGCGACUGUCAGGAUGCUGCCAAAGAUCCACUUUACUGGAUUUCGUAUAAAAGUGGGAAGUGUACGACAAUCACGUCGGUAACACCGGAAAAAUUGCAAAAAACAACCGCGAGAACUCUCGAGCUCAGUAUUGACAAUUUACCAACUCUCAGCGGGGAAUUUUUAUGCGCGUUUUCAGUCCUUGACAAAACAUUGAUUACAAAUGCCACCAGAAAACAAUUUGGUGUUAAUUGCACGACACCUCGGACUGAUUUAUUGCCCUCGAUUCCUAUUGGGCAUCAUCACUUCACCGCUAAAUUGUCCGUCAGAAUGACCAAUGGCCCGGAUCUUGUUACGACUGAUUUUACAUUCUUUGAUUGCAAUACAUACGCAUCCUGUACUGAGUGCGUUUCUUCCAGUUUUCCUUGUGAUUGGUGCGUUGACGGUCACAGAUGCACACACGACACUGCCGCAAACUGCCGUAAUGAUAUUCUUGUUACUGGUGUUAGUAGAAUAGGACCAAGUUACCGAAGUGGUCCAGCUUUCUGCCCUACAAUAAAUGCAACUGGUUCUCAGGAGAUAUUAGUGCCUUCUGGUGUUAAAAAAGCAAUAUCUGUCCAAGUUCACAUUAUUGGACUCCUUGACAUCAUUAAAUCUGAACCUGAACAUAAUCCUCAAUUCAUAAUCCAGACUCGAUUCGUAUGCCAAUUCAACAUAGAAGGUCGAGUAACGAGUGUGAACGCAAAAUUAAGAGCCGACACAAUAUUCUGUGAUGAAAUGGAAUUUUCAUACAGUUCAAAGCCUCCGAACAUCACAGUGCCCUUCGCAGUAAUAUGGGGUGGCUCAAAGCCCCUCGACAAUCCAGACAAUAUUCAUGUAGUUAUUUAUAGAUGUCGUGAUAUGGCGGACAAUUGUGGUAUGUGUUUAGCAAUUCCACCUAAGUACGGUUGUGGAUGGUGUCAAAGCUCGGACCGGUGCGAAGUCAAAGAGCAGUGCGACCGUGGUUCUGGCAUAUGGUUGGACAGAAAUAUGACAUGCCCAAAUCCCGAAAUUCACUCAUUCGAGCCAAUGAUGGGGCCCUGGGAGGGUAAUACCAACAUCACAAUACGGGGUAUUAAUCUCGGUAAAACAUUCAACGAUAUCUACGGCGGAGUCAGUGUCGCCGGAAUGCCAUGCCAGCCAUAUGAGAGCCUUUACAUUCGUACUAAGCAAAUAACAUGCCGAGUGGACGGUCCCGGUUCUAAAGAGCCGAAACAGGGACCAGUUAUAGUUAAAAUCGAAAACUUCCGCGGACAAUCUCGUCACAAUUACCAAUUUGUCAACCCCGUGAUCACCAACAUAUUUCCGAGCUACGGCCCAAAAAGUGGUGGGACCAUCGUAAAAAUAACAGGACGUUAUAUGAAUGCUGGAAGUGAAAUCAAGGUGAUGAUUGACGAGCUACCUUGUUCGGUAAUCAACACCAACUCCAAUGAAACUCUGUGUAUGACAAGUGCCAGCGAUGUCAACCGGAAUGGCACCCUGCUAAUAACAUUCGACGGGCGUAAUCGGACUUACAAUGGUUUCUUCGAGUACGUAGAUGACCCGACGAUCAAGGGGGUCGGCAGCGGAGUUGCGGGGCAGAUGAAGAUUCCGAAGGGUAUUCCAGCGGGUGGAAUUAAAAUGUCUGUUUCUGGGAAGAAUCUCGGGUACAUACAAAACCCUCAAAUGUACGUAUACUACGACGACAAAAUGUUUAUCUCGCACUGUGACGUGCUGAGUCAAACCAGCAUGGAAUGCAGCUCUCCGACAAUAGAUGUUCCCGAGCAUGUGGUCCUGGAUGCUGAUAGACCCAUGAGCCUGGAGUACGGGUUCCGGAUGGACAAUGUCACUGGUGUGCAAAAUUUAUCUCGUAGUUUGUUAAAUAAUUUUCUCCUCUACCCAAAUCCAAUUUACGACAAAUUUGACGAGGAAAUAAAAUACUACAAGAGCGACUACUUGACUAUCAAUGGGCAGCACCUUGACCGCGCCUGCCAGGAUUCAGACGUUAUAGUCCAGAUUGGUAGCACAUACUGCAACGUAACAUCGUUGUCAAGACAGCAGCUAACGUGCAAGCCACCGAUUUCGCAACCUCCGGCGCUAAAUGCCGAGGGGCUGCCUGAUAAACAAGAGUUACCGGAAGUGAUUGUUAUCGUCGGCAAUACAUUGAGGUUUAAAAUCGGAAAACUCAGUUAUGCAUUGCCCGCUGGAUUAAACGGACCGCUAUCGAAACCCGCGCUGAUCGGUGUUAUUGCUGCAAUAGUUAUUCUCAUCAUUAUAUUUAUAGCAUUUUUGAUAGCGUACAGGCGGAAAUCGACGGAGAGCAACCGGGUGUUGAAAAACAUGCAGGAGCAAAUGGACAUACUGGAAUUACGUGUAGCUGCUGAGUGCAAAGAAGCGUUCGCUGAAUUACAAACAGAAAUGACUGAUCUGACGGGCGACGUUACUAGUUCUGGUAUUCCAUUUUUGGAUUACAGGACUUAUACUAUGAAGAUAUUGUUCCCGAAUGUUGAGAAUCAUGUAGUUCUCCAGUGGGACAGACCUGAGUUAUCGAGAAAAGAAAAGGGCUUGAGGCUCUUUGGACAACUUAUUAUGAAUAAAACAUUCUUGCUGUUGUUUGUACGCACGCUUGAGAGCAAUCGUUAUUUCUCAAUGCGUGAUCGUGUUAAUGUCGCAAGCCUCAUUAUGGUUACACUUCAGAGUAAGAUGGAAUACUGCACGGACAUUUUGAAGACUCUAUUGGCUGAGCUUAUUGAGAAGUGUAUGGAAGGAAAGAGCCAUCCUAAAUUGUUACUUAGACGAACGGAAAGUGUAGCUGAAAAAAUGCUCUCCGCCUGGUUCACUUUUCUUCUGUAUAAAUUUAUGCGCGAGUGCGCUGGCGAACCACUUUAUAUGCUGUUCCGUGCGAUGAAGCAGCAGGUUGACAAGGGUCCUGUGGACGCUAUCUCGUCUGAAGCACGAUACUCACUCUCCGAGGAGAAACUUAUAAGACAGUCAAUUGACUUUAAAGCAAUGACCGUCUAUGUAACGAUAGCUCAACAAACAGUCUUCAGUGGUUUGGAUCCAAGUACUGAGAAUGUUCCUGUUAAAGUACUUGACUGCGACACUAUUUCUCAAGUUAAAGAAAAAGCACUGGAUACUAUCUAUCGUUCUACACCUUAUAGUCAACGUCCUAGAAAAGAAGAUCUUGAUCUAGAAUGGAGAACAGGAGCAUCAGGGAGAUUAAUUCUGUAUGAUGAAGACUCAACAACUAAAACAGAAGGGGAAUGGAAGAAGAGAAAUACAUUGAAUCACUACCGAGUACCGGAUAGUGCAUCACUGAGCUUAGUAUCUAAACAAUCCUCAAUUUAUAAUCUUUCAAUACUAUCGGAGAAGACUGACAAAUCACACAAGUACGAAACAUUAAAUCUAAGCAAAUUCAGCUCUGCAAGUCCACCAUUGUCACGUGCAACAUCACCAUUAAACCACGACCACGACGGGGGUUUAAAAGUUUGGCAUCUAGUUAAACAUCACGAUACAGAUGCGCAAAAGGAAGGAGAACGUGGCAAUAAAAUGGUGUCGGAAAUAUAUUUAACGAGGUUAUUAGCAACAAAGGGUACUCUUCAGAAGUUUGUUGACGAUUUGUUCGAGACUAUAUUUAGUACGGCACAUCGUGGCUCUGCCCUGCCAUUAGCUAUUAAAUACAUGUUUGAUUUUCUUGAUGAUCAAGCAUUACAUCACGGCAUAUCGGAUCCAGAAGUUGUACACACGUGGAAGAGUAAUUCAUUGCCAUUAAGAUUUUGGGUUAAUCUUAUCAAAAACCCUAAUUUUGUAUUUGAUAUUCAUAAAUCCAAUAUUGUUGAUUCCUGCUUGUCUGUCGUCGCACAAACAUUUAUGGACAGCUGUUCUACGUCUGAUCAUAGAUUAGGUAAAGAUUCUCCGAGUUCAAAGCUGCUUUACGCAAAAGACAUUCCAUUGUACAAAGAGUGGGUAGAGCGUUAUUACUCGGAUAUUAAAAUAAUGCCAGCUAUAUCCGAUCAGGACAUGAAUGCGAUGUUGGCUGAAGAGUCGAGGUCACACACGACGGAGUUUAAUACUAAUUGCGCACUGUACGAGCUGUAUACGUAUGCGGGUAAAUACAACGAGCAAUUAAUAGUGACCCUUGAAGAGGAUGAAUUUUCACAGAAGCAAAGGUUGGCGUACAAAUUAGAACAGGUGCACAAUAUAAUGGCUGCGGAUGUUAAUCCCUGA